AUGAUGGCCUUCAAGGCAGUCCUUGCUUCGCUGCUCUUUUCGGCACUUGCUAGGCCUGAAGGCCUCAGCAUAAACCACAGCUUGUUCGAAGAAAGACAAGCAGUGCCAGGGAAACAAAGUGGUGCUCUUGUCCGGAGGGCCGCAUCGACAGACGUUCUUCAUACUCUUCAUGCAGUAGAAAACUUGAAAGCCGAUGCUCUUUCGGUGAUUUUGGAGUUUGUGCGCGUGGCCAAAGGUGGCUACACAGCCAGCAACUUCGAUGGUAUGCUUACUGCAAUAGAGAGCACAAUGGGUGAUUUGAGCACGGGGAACCCAAGCAAAAAUCUGAUUGCACCGCCAAAUGCCGACACAACGACGAAGGUGCAGCAACUCUCAGACACAACAAAUACUUUGCAUGCCCUUCUUCGGGGCAACAUCGCUUCUGUUGCUUCCACUUCAACAGCAGUCCUGACUGACCUCAACGCGCAGUACCGGACUAUUAGUCAGGACUAUGACAUGUUGAUCUUGCAGUACCAGGCAUAUGCGCAGAUGACCGGAGUUGCUGAGAAAAUGGUUGAAGCUUAUGCCCAUCAGCUUGAAUCCUAUAGUGUCAGCCUCUGUGUCGAUGCCACUCUAAUCCUGCUGAACAUCAACGAGCAAGUAAACCUUGACGAGAUGAAGCGCUUGCAACGGCGAUUUUCAUCGCUUCUUGAGAGUAUCGCGUGGGGCGACGUGGUGGCAGGUAUCGCAGAUUUGACGAACGUGUGCCAGUUGCAAGCCAUCCUCACCGUGGCAAAAGAUUGGUUUGAUGUGCAGACCAGAUUGCAGCCGGUUCUGACUAUGGACCGUAGCAACGCGGAGUCUGUCCUUGAAGAUCUUUCAGGUUGCUCAGCAACGCUUCGUGGAAGUUUGACUAUCUUCAUACACCAAGCAGAACAGCCUGAUUGCAAUCCUUUGAGCGGUAUGGAUGCAACCUUGUGGAAGAAUGGCAUCAACGAGAUCAAUCAAGUUCGGCGGCUGAUUGCACAAGCAGCUCGAAUUUACCUCCAGGCGAGGGAGGUCAGCGACAGCAGCCUGGAAUUGUUGGUCCUUUCACAGGCGAUUUCGGAUGGGGCUUCAGCAAUCUCCAAUUCCUAUAAAGGUUCCUAUGUGGAGUCGGUGCCAGUGGCACCCACUCAAGAGCUUGUGGAUCUGAUGAAGACUGUCUAUGACGAAUGGUUGACCUUCAAGAGUGAUGUGGAAAGAGGCAUGCUAUCGCUCUCGGGUUCUAUGGUGGAUAAGAUCAUCAGCCAAAGCUCUCUGCUUGAUACUCACCUUCAACAGGCAGGGGCCAUCCUGUGGCAGUUGAUCCAGCAGAACAGGGCAAUGCUUGAGAACUUGGCGAAAGAAGCCUUAAUCAUCAGUGCUGCGGACACAGCUGAGGGCAAAACAGGUACUUUUGACAGCAUGGCCUUGUCCUUUGAGAAUGUUCACUGGGAACUGCUGCGUGGAGCUUCAGGCUCCCUGUUGAUACCACAGGCGCUUAAGAAUAUUCUGAUCCAAAUGUAUGGCUCCAAGGAUUUCCUGAACAACCAUCUUGGCUUCAUUGCAGCGGAAGCGGCAAGCCCUGUGCUGGUGGAUGCGUUUCUGGCUUUCAAGCGGGGCUGGGAUGAGUUCAGGCCGUCGGAUGAGCUGCGAAUGCAGGAUUUGCAAAUUGCGUAUAUCUAUGGAAAUCCGAAUGCGGUUGGGUCGAAGGACAAUUUGGACUUUGCCCAAGGAGACGAAUACUAUCAUCAGGCACACAAGCAGUUCCAUCCUACCUACCGAGCAAUCCUUUACGAGCGCAACUACUAUGACAUUUUCAUUUUCGAUUUGCAAGGCAAUCUGAUUUACUCGGUGUACAAGGAGCUGGAUUAUGCUACAAAUUUCUUGGCCAAUGGUGCCGGGGAAUGGAAGGAUAGUGGCCUUGGAGAAGCUUUCCGCGCCGCCGUGGUCAACCCCGAUAUCAUCAACAUCAUAGACUGGAAGCCUUACGGGCCCAGCUAUGGUGCUUUAGCCAGCUUCUUAUCCACUGGCAUCAAGCAGGAUGGCCAACUCAUCGGAGUCUUUUGCACACAGAUGCCUCCAGAGUCCAAGCCGGUGCAAGUCACCGAAAUGCAGCCUUUACUGGAUAAAGCGGUGGAUUGCAUCACUACGGUGGUCAGCUAUGGGACAUGCACGACAGUGCUUGAUGCAACCUCGUGGGAGAUCAUGCUGGAGGAGAGUUCUUUGCUAAGAUGGAGGUUUUUCGUGACGAGCACCGAGUUUGCACUGCUGACACAUGGAUUCUCCCAGAAUUGGCUCAACGCUUCUGCCAUGGGCUUGGAAGA